AUGGAUUUUACAGCCGGGUUCUGCGUGGCCGUGACCUACCAUAGCGGCGACGUACCCUUGCAACCACUCACCGUCUACACAGCUGAGUGCCGUGGGGAUAUGGAGAAGAAGAGAAAGACGGCCUGGUCGGGGAUGAAGGAGGAAUAUGCAAGCCACCGAACGGCAUGGAAAGCAGCAUGAAACCAGUGCCACUAGAGAGAUUCAAGCGAGAAGCACCAUGAAAUGAGCCGUUAAAUCCAUCUUGGCAAAGGAUCAGGCUUACCUGACCAGAGACCAGGAUCCCUUAUCAAGGAGAACACGACAUUCACAUACGACAUCGCCGCUAAGAAGGAAAUUCACCAGAACCAUCCAGAAUGGAAAGUGUCCCAGGAGACUACAGCAAACGCGUGUAUCAAGGCGUACGAGUGAAGCACACAGUCAAAGAUCUACUGGCAGAAAAACGAUCCAGGCAGACAAAUAACUCAAGAUUUAAUAGCGGUGCCAGCAACCCCCAGUCUCCUUUCGCUCAGAUGCCCGGUUCACCGGUAAUGUCGGGUUACUACGGGGUCAGAAGAUCGUUCCUCUCUGACUCAGACUUCCACACCAGACAGUUCGCAAACGAGGUCUGCAGCUCAGGCCCAGCGGCCAAGCCCUUUGCCUGCGAGGCCCCCACAGGGCAGAGCCACCUGGGCCUCCUGGAUUCCUACUUCCCAGAGCCCUACGGAGACCACCGGCCCCCCGGCCUGACCCCCAGCACUGGCUCUCUGUUUGGCGCCUCGCCCCUGCCGCCGCUCCUGCCGCCACCCUUCGCUGGGGACCCCAGCACGCACUUCAUGCUUAGGGACUCGUGGGAGCAAACAGUGCCCGAUGGUCUCAGCCAGCCCGACCCCGUGCCCGCCGACACCCAGCAGACCCUGUCGCCCAGCGUGAGUUGCCUCUCCCAGCUGGAGUCGGGGAGCGCCACCCCGCACAGGAGCUCCAGCUGGGGGGCCCCCCUGCCCGGGGCUCAGCCCUACUCACUGCACGCACUAGAGGAUCUGUACCACGUGCCAGGGUACCCCACGCCACCCCCCUAUCCCUUCACCCCUCUCAUGACCAUGUCCAACGACCUACCACACAAGGUGGUGCCCCUCUCCCUGGAUGAGGGGGCAGACACGUCUGGCCUUCAGGACCCUUCUUCAUGGACCAAGGAAGACGGAAGCAUGGCCUGGGGGUCGUACGAAUGCCGUAGAGCUUACUGAGGCGUGUGCCACGGGACUCCAGCCAUGCUGGCCUCUGAGCUGGCUUCUGGAUUUGGCAGAUUGUUUUCAGGGUCUUUCCAGCUCAUUUGGAACUGGACGUCCAGAAGAGGCCAUCGUGCCACCCUUUGUAGAGGGACCGCAGCAUUUAUUCGUAAUCCUCCCUCCCACAGCCCCACUGAAAUACAGCCUCACGUUAAUUCAGGAUAUCAGGGACUAUAUUCUAGUGAGACACAGUCUAUGCGUGUGGCGUUGGAACUGUAGUAACCCAUCACAUUUCCAAAUUUCUGUUACCUUUGAAAUAUCACCAUUAGCACUCAUAUUUUUCUCAAAUUACAUUAAAAAGUUUGUGCAGAUCAUGAAAUGAACUGUUCAGUUUUUCUUAGUUAUGAACUAAGUGUGUUCUAUAGUAAGAGAGAAAGCAUAGGACAUAAUAUAGAUUAGGGCAC